CCUCUCACAACCCACGUGAAUUCUCUUCUCUUAACAAGAUGUGUUGCAACUACGGCAACUCCUGUGGCUAUGGCUGUGGCUAUGGCUGUGGCUAUGGCUAUGGCUGUGGCUAUGGCCCCUAUUAUGGAUAUAGUUAUGGACCUGGCUAUCGCUAUGGCUAUGGUUGUGGCUAUGGCUAUGGCUGUGGCUAUCGCCCCUAUUAUGGCUGUAGUUAUGGACCUGGCUAUGGCUGUGGCUGUGGUAUGGGCUAUGGCUGUGGAUAUGGCUCCCGGUAUGGCUGUGGAUAUGGCUGUGGAUAUGGCUCCUACUGUGGGUAUGGCUCCGGCUGCUAUGGUUACCGGCCAUUUUGCUAUAGAAGAUGUUAUUCUUCUUGCUGUUAGAACAUCACCACAUUGUCCUCUAAAUAAGAGACAUCUAAUGGAAGGCUGAAUCAAGGAUUCAUACCUCACAUUUUCUAUAUCCAGGAAAUUGCAUGCUUCACAGAGGCUCACACCUCCAAGCAACAUUUCUAGAAUGGCAUCCUGUGCCUCAAGGCCGUGUGGUAUCAUCUGACUGUUUUCUAAAUGUUGGUGUUUAUUCCUUUACUCUGGAUUCUGUCAUCUGACUGUGGCAACAAGCCUAACACCCCACAGUUGGGCAAAUUCCUUAUUCUCAAUAAAAAUGAUUCUUUGCUUCUAAUAUA